AUGACGCAACCUAUACAUUCCUCGACUUCAUACACCUCGUUCCCACCACUAUGCAUAGCCGAGGGCUACGUACAAGGAGCAUCUGGCAGUGAUGAGGAAAGGGUAGCGCGGGUUGUACCGAGCGCUUGCGACAAGGGACUGUCGCCGAGCGUGGGCUCAGUGGACCCGUCAACACCAGAUUACAGUCCGGAUGAGCGCACCUACCUCAUUACCACAGCGCAAGUUCCGUGGCGUGUGACCUCUCCAACCUCAUUCUACCGCGACGCACCAGGAUCGCUCGAAGGCUGGCCGAGCGGGACGAACCUAUGGCCAGCUCGUGGCUCUUCCCUUGCGACACCAGUCAUAGAGACGCCAUCCACGGUGGUGCGUCGUCGCUCGCCAAGAUUCGCCGCCGACGACCAGGACGAAGUUGAACACUUACUUACACCACUCGAGACACGCACAAAGCAGGAUGAACGAUCGCCAGUCGAUGGUCCACAAGAAUGGGACUGCCAAGACCCUUAUACCUGGCCGAUUGUCUAUCUACCAUUUCACUUGACCCCCAAUGCAAGCGUACCGUCGCAUAUCGAUGAGAUGCUCAUUCACGUACACUUCAAGGGCCUCGGGGCGAGAUUGCUGCACAACUUGCUGUACAAAGCGAAGGAAGAGAUGGAGACGGAGGAGGAGAAGACAAACAUUGGACGUAUGGCUUUCGACUUCUGGCCUUUCAACUUCACCCAAGAUGGAUGGUGGAAGGGUGUUAGUGGGAUAUCUCCGGAAGAUGUCUAUGCGUGGAAGGUAACGCGACAACGGGAUCAAGGUCGUGGGUUUGGAUGCGUGGAAUACGACAGUGAAUGA